GUCGCUUUUAAAGCAUCUUUCUUAUCCGUCGCAGUUCAUCUUCCUAACUCCAUCUCUAUAAAAGAAAAACCCCGGCAACAAUGGCCAAAAAAUCUAAGCGAAACCAAAAUAAUAAAGGAAAGACGAAGAUUCCCCAGAGAGUUGAAGUGUUUGGUGUGAAUGAUCCAGUAACCAGAUUUGGUUGGACUAUCAUGGCUUUUCUCUGCGUUUUUGGAGCUGUGGGUGCUGUGAAUGCCUUGGAGAUCCAGAUGGAUGUCUCUUAUCUGGUAAUGUUUGUUGUAGCUAUCUAUGUGAUUCCAGUCUUGCAUUCCAUUUUCUCUGAAGCUCCAUCUCCAGUUUACAGAGCACAUCGAUGGGUGAGAACUGUUAUCCCUCUCAUACUGCUUACCAUAAUCUACUUUACUGUCUUCAAUUUCCAAACCCUUGCAGCAUCUGUUUUGAUCAUAUCAGUGGUUUUUGGAAUUUUCGUGUUGGUUCAGUUGGUUUUCCCUGUAGAAAGAUUUUACUUUUUUUAUGUAGUGCUCAUUUUGUUAUUUGGAUGCUGCUCAGCUGUAUUUGCUGGUCAGUAUGAUCCCAAAACCCAGCCAUUUGGGUUCUGCCUAUUAACUCUCUUUGUUUUUGAAAUGUUUUUCUACUUUUUCUACUAUCCUGGGCCUACUAAUAGGGCAUUCAAAUUCUAUUAGAUUACUCUCAAAAUGAUUGUCAGAUCUAAUUCACAAGAGACUUUUUUUGCAUGUAUAAAUAUCUGGAUAUUUAAGCAUGACUUAGACUAUCUAUUUUUUUUUUUAUAAAUUAUAUUAGUUGAUCUUGUUAGUUUGGUUAGGAAGGUAUUAAAAUAUUACAAAGUGGAUUUUUUUCUUAAAUGACCGCUACACUGCUUAUCUCGAAUUUGGAAUAUUUCCAUACUAAUGUUUGGGAGUAGCCAUAUAGCCUAUUGUUGGACUACCAUCAUAAUAUAAACUGUUAGGGUCUAAUCUAGAUUUUCGAUAUAAAUGUGAUAUUUGUUUUAGGAAAGCUCGAACCCUUGGAGAGUGUUUUAGCACAUCCCAAAUCUCACUAAUUACGGAUAACUAUGUAUAUAUCUAUUUUUAGAUCUCUUAUAUUUGAAAACUAGCUAGAUAGAUUUUUUGAGACAAAUCAUUACCAUUCAAAGCACCUCAUAUCUAACUAGAUGAAUGUGGUAGAUGCAACUCUUUUUUUUUCUUUAUUAGAAAUUUAGGAUACAGUCUUUAUUAGUGAGACGCUAUAACUCAACGGAAUAUUGUUGUGACCAACAUUUACCUAAUUCGUAUCCUUACAAUCUCAAGAUGGCAGCAUAGUAAACGUUGGAUAUAUGCUUUAUCUUCUUCUUUUUAUAUCCAAAAUAUAUAACGUUGUUUACCGUAAUGCCGUCGAAAAUGAGUAUCAUAGGGGAACUUUUUUGUAGACGUUGACAAUUCAGUAGGGACCUCAAGAAUACAGAAGAAGGAACAAAAUAAGGAAUGCUUCUGAUUCAUUGUCCAUUGACGAGAGAACUUAUUGGCCUUUUGCAUGUAAACUAAUAAAUACAUAUCUUUUUUUUUGUCUAAAAAAUAAAUACAUAUCUUAAGUGUCGUCUUUCCACUAAGCAGAUUUCUCACCUGUGCAAAUAUUGUCCCUCUAAGAAAAACCUUUUCUUUAUGUAAACAUUGUCCCUAAUCAUGUUUUCCAAUUAUGUCUUGGAUACUAGAAAAAAUUCGAAAAGACACUCAUAUUUUUAUAUACAUCCCA